UAUUAAUAAAAAUUUCAUAUAUAUCUAUUACGUAGGAAGUAAAAGCAUAUUCUUUUAUCAGAUUAAAGCGGAAAUUUGGAGCUGAUUUAAUUGUUUUCUAUUUUUUUUAACCUUAUAGUAAUUACACUUAAAAUUCUUAUUUAGAGGGAGAGGGAGAGAGAGAGACUUACGUACUCUAAACUGGAGGUAUUUAAGGUCAUUUCAUUAUUUUCUAAAUUUCGAAUUGUUUUUUUCCUUUCUCUUUCUUCCCGUCAUCCUUUCUCUUACAGACUUAGACUUUCUAAAAAUAUCACCUUUUUUCCACAAUCAAUAAAACGAAAUUAAUAUACUGACCGAACUUUAUCGUAACUUGUACUUUUUUCCAGAGAUAAUACAUUAUUGAUGGUUUUUACAAUCGUGCCUAGUGCUAGGGAUCUCUUCGACUUAGAAUCAUUAUUUCUUGGUAUAGUCUCUGGUUUAUAAACCGUUAGGUGGCCGGUACGAUCAAUAAUGCUAUUAUACUUUUUAAUGAGUCGACCAAGGUGUAGAAACUUAUAUAAAGAUAUGAUUUUAGUACAAAUUUUUUUUAAAUAUGAGUGUUUACCGAUAUAUCCUGCAAAUAGGGCAGUCCUCGAUUUAGUUUAAUUAUUACUCGUAGCUCCGUCUAUUGGCCACCGGGAUUCCAGAAUCGAGAUCAGUCAUGUACAAUCGUCGAAUUAUUCUAGGAUCAUUAAAUGCCUCAAAUUUUAGGAUUUUUUAGUAACAGAGUGAAUUUUACAGAUUCACGUAGUUCUGCAAGUUUUUCUUCGGCAUCGUCAGCUUCCCCAGACUCAACUAUUAAUAAUGAAGCGCCUAAAAUGACUUCACCGAAACGAAAAGCCGAGUUUUCAAAUGGUAUUACACCCAUUGUAAAGAGGAUCAAAACAGAAAUUCCAGACGAAGAAGUGUCAGAUGCGUCAAGAUUGCAAAACAAGAAGAAAUUAGGAGUAAGCGGAAAGACUGCUGAAGACGAAUUAUGUUCAAUUUGCGGGGAUAGGGCGUCAGGUUAUCACUAUAAUGCUCUAUCUUGCGAAGGUUGUAAAGGUUUUUUUCGUCGUUCGAUAACGAGAGAUGCAAAAUAUCUUUGCAAGAAUGGAGGCGAUUGUGAGAUGGACAUGUGGAUGAGGAGAAAAUGUCAGGCAUGUCGUCUACGUAAAUGUAAGGCAGUUGGUAUGAAGGAGGAAUGCUUACUUUCUGAAGAACAGUGUAGAGCUAGGGAUGCCAGGCGAAAAAAGAAAAAACAACCAGACGAACAACAACCUAGUCCGGAUUCUAAUUCGGAGCGACGUUCGUGCGGUCCAACAACGUCUUCUCCACAAGAAACUGUUUGUUCAAACCCAAUGGAAAAACUGCCAAUAGAUGUAGGAAAAUUGGUUGAAACUGUGGUCGGCUAUCAGGACAAAUUCGAAUUGCCAACUGACGAGGAUGUAGAGAAAAUAUCAAGAGUGAGAGUUAGCGGUGAAGGAAAACCCAAGGACAUGUCUGAAAUGCUUUUUAAGAAUAUGGCUGAAAUGACUAUUCUUACCACACAUCUUAUCGUUGAUUUUGCUAAACAUCUGCCUGGAUUUUUAACUUUGGAUCGAGAAGAUCAAAUCACUCUUUUAAAAGGUUCAGCCUGCGAAGUUAUGAUGAUAAGAACUGCCAGAAGGUACGAUCUGGAAACGAAUACAGUGGUAUUUGCCGAUGGAGCAGCUCACACCGAACAAAGUAUGAGUUUAGCAGGUCUUAACGAAUUUGUGGCUAGCAUGUUUGAGUUUUGUCGCGGUUUGGGUAAAUUACGGGUAGACAAUGCUGAAUAUGCCCUAUUAACGGCAAUCAGUAUUUUUUCAGAUCGGCCUGGUUUAAAAUAUUCGACGGCCGUUAUGGAGUUACAAGAACGUUACGCUAUCGCCUUACAAGAAUAUGAUAAACUGAGACGUCCAAAGAAAUCCAAUUAUUUCGCUAAAUUAAUAUUGCAAUUAUGCAGACUCAGGGAAUUAUCAGCUGAACAUUCUCAAGUUCUUUUCUCUUUAAAAGUUGAAAAGGGAUCUCUACCUCCGUUACUCGAUGAAUAUUUUGAUGUUGCCGACCCAUCUGAUAACUAUAACCAAAACGGUUAUGACGCAGUGACAUCGCCUAUGUCAAAUAUGGGAGCGUCACCAAGUAUGGUUGCAUCACCAGGCAGUUAUUACAGUUCAGUGGCAUCUCCAGCUUCCACUCCGCUCAGCCAAUCGCCUUCCUCAAGUUUACAUAGGCCAAGCGUCGAUUAAUAUCAUUACUCUUAAGACUGCAAAGGAAAAAUUAUAAAUAAAAUUGAAUGUCUGUUAUUAUUAUUAUUAUUGUUAUUAUACUAAUUGUGUGUUUCAAUAUAUCGCAAUGUAGUUUGAUGAGUUUUCGUGUACGUUUGUAUGCAUAAAGUAUGUAUCAAUGUAUGUAUGUAUGUAUGUACGUGUUUUUUUUCCCUUUUAUACGUUAUUUAUUUCUUACUUAAAAAGAAUAUUGAAAGAAAAAUUUUCAUUAUUAUAAGGACAAAGAAAGGCAGCAGAAGAAAAAGAAAAGAAAGAGAAAAAGUCUUAUUCUAUCAACUGUUGAAAAAGAAAUUGAAUAGUUUUUUUUUUAAAAAAAAAUGUUACAACUAAAAAACAAAAUAUAAUACCAAACAUUGAAAUAAGAAUUGGUUAUAUUUGAAAUAUUUUGAAAAAAAAUUGAAUAAAGAUAUCUUGAUACAGUCAUUUACUUGUUAUCUAUUGUUUUUAUAUUUUGAUGAUAUAUGUUUCUCUCUCUCUCUCUCUCUCUCUCUCUCUCUCUCUCUCUCU